CAGAGACUCUAUUUACAGUAGGUUGAGAAGAACGAUCAAGUAUAUCUCUGUUCAGAUUAACGCAGUACUGUUGAUUUAAAAAGUGAUAUACCCAAUUGAGUAAAUUAUAAUUUCUUGUCUUAUUUGUCAUAUUCUGACGAACAGGUUUAUUUUUAUUUUAUUUCCCACCAAAGCGGACCGUUUUUCGAAACCAUGUCUUCGGAAGAAGACCGUGCAAAGGAGAUUCUGAAGGGCUUUAAACUAAACUGGAUGAACCUGAGGGACGCAGAGACGGGGAAAGUUCUCUGGCAGGGGACUGAAGAUCUCUCUGUUCCUGGUGUAGAACAUGAAGCUCGGGUUCCCAAAAAGAUCCUAAAAUGUAAAGCUGUCUCCAGAGAGCUUAAUUUCUCUUCAUCAGAAAAGCUGGAAAAGUUUCGUCUGGAGCAGAAGGUUCUCUUCAAAGGCCAGUGUCUAGAAGAGUGGUUCUUUGAAUUUGGCUUUGUGAUCCCUAAUUCUACAAACACAUGGCAGUCCUUGAUAGAGGCAGCACCCGAGUCACAGAUGAUGCCUGCUAACGUGUUAACUGGAAAUGUUGUCAUAGAGACGAAAUUCUACGACGACGAUCUUCAUGUCAGCACCUCUCGAGUACGGCUUUUCUACGUUUGAGACGUGAAGCCUCUCCGUUUUUAAAAUUCUGUCGUUCAGAAGGAUGCACACACCGCUGUGAGUUUUAUUUAAUUUUUUUAAUGGCCAGACGAGACUCUGCUUAAUGAGUAUUUCCGUGGCACCGUGACAACGGCACUAAAGGGAACAAGUUGAGCAAACGAAAUUUCAGGUUAAACAGUCACACGAGUUUAAUGACGGAUAAAGACUUGGAAACAAGGGCAGCGAUACUCAUCUCAACCUGACCUUGUAAAUUGUUUUAUUUGUACAUUUCUGUCCCUCUCUUAUCUUUUAUUUUAUUUUAUCCUGUAUGUUCCUUGCAGUCUGUUUUUAAAUAUUUGCUACCAGUUUCUGUGGUUGCUAAUAUAAAUUUUUUUUUUUUUU